UUUUCGAGAGACUUCCAUUCAAGCUGCGCGCGGAUUAAUCUAAUAAUGAAGGUGAAGAUUUUGAUGGAAGUGCCAAUGGAGACGGAGAAAUGUAAGUCGAAGGCAAUGCAGAUCGCCGUGAGCAUCACCGGAGUGAGCUCGGUGUCGGUCGGAGGGAAAACCGGCAAUGAACUUACGGUGAUCGGAGAGGAUGUUGAUGCUGUGUUCUUGGCUACUUCCCUCCGGAGGAAGUUUUGUUUCGCUCGUAUUAUGACCAUCGAAGAAGUCAAGCCGCCGUCUCCGCCGCCGAAGCCAAAGCCGGAGCCGGAGCCGAAGUGCCAGGCAACUCCUAUUUGUUACUACCCGUGGCAGCCCCCGGUCUGUGUGGGGCCGCCGUCCCCUGAACCUUGCUCCAUUAUGUGA